UUGUCUGGACCAACCAACGAACCACCAACUCCAUCUUCUUCGUCUUCGUCUUCUGAAUCUCUCUCUCUCUCUCUAGACCACUGAUCUGCGAGAGAGAGAGAGAGAGAGAGAGAGAGAGAGAGAGAGAGAGAGAGAAAAUGCAGUCCCGAUUCAAAACCCUAGGUCGAACCCUGAAACCGACGGCGGCCAUUUCCCCUACCACCACAAUUUUGAUGCUCUUCUCAUCCUCAACGGAGGCCCCAUCCACGAGCUCCGAAUUCCCGCAAACCCUAGCUGGCCUGCGAGCUCGCCUGGCCGCAGAAUCUCCGUCGCUCUCCAACUUCAUCAGUGACCUCAAAUCCAAUAGCCCUUACUCCGUCGAGGUCGGCACCAAGAAGAAUCCCCUUCCCAAGCCGAAAUGGAUGAAGGAGGCCAUCCCCGGAGGGCAGAAGUACGUCCAGAUUAAGAAGAAGCUCAGGGAAUUGAAUCUCCACACUGUGUGCGAGGAGGCUCGAUGCCCUAAUCUCGGCGAGUGCUGGUCCGGAGGCGAGACCGGCACCGCCACCGCCACGAUUAUGAUUCUCGGCGAUACUUGCACUCGGGGUUGCAGGUUUUGCAAUGUGAAGACGUCAAGGACUCCGCCGCCGCCCGAUCCCAACGAGCCGACCAAUGUAGCGGAGGCGAUUGCGUCGUGGGGUUUGGAUUAUGUGGUGAUAACCAGUGUGGACAGAGAUGAUUUGCCGGAUCAGGGGAGUGGCCAUUUUGCCGAGACGGUGCAGAAGUUGAAGGUGCUGAAACCAAAUAUGCUCAUUGAGGCAUUGGUUCCUGAUUUUCGAGGAGACUCUGGUUGUGUGGAGAAGGUUGCAAGUUCUGGACUAGAUGUCCUUGCUCACAAUAUUGAAACAGUUGAGGAACUUCAGAGUUCUGUGCGGGAUCGUCGUGCUAAUUUUAAGCAGUCUCUUGACGUUCUGAUGAUGGCUAAAGACUAUGCUCCCGCUGGAACACUUACAAAGACUUCAAUAAUGUUAGGCUGCGGGGAAACACCCGAUCAAGUUGUGAAGACAAUGGAGAAAGUGCGAGCCGCAGGUGUUGAUGUGAUGACAUUUGGUCAAUAUAUGCGACCUUCCAAGCGCCAUAUGCCUGUUUCUGAAUACAUUACACCUGAGGCUUUUGAUAAGUAUCGUGUUCUUGGAAUGGAUAUGGGAUUUAGGUAUGUGGCAUCUGGUCCCAUGGUCAGGUCAUCAUACAAAGCAGGUGAAUUCUACAUCAAAUCAAUGAUCGAAUCGGAUCGAUCUGCGUCCUCUUCUCAGCUUUCUGUCUAAUAAUUGAUGGCUUUUUCCGGUUCUUCCUCCUCCACCUUUCUUGUACGUAAAUAUAUAUUUUUUCAAUUACUUCAUAAUGGCGCCCCCCUGGCUCUAAUAUUUGUACAAUUAAAUUAUUAGAAGCUUAAGGUCACACAUGGGCUUGUCAUUGCACAACUGAGAUGUUAUUCUUAUUAUUCUUAAUAAUUUUUGUGAUCUUGUUAUUCA